AUGCCAUCGACCAUCAUCCCCGCGUCCCGCAACGCCUCGGCCUCGAGCAAACAAGCCAGCGGCACCUUCACGGGCACCGUGUGGAUGGACCCGAUCCACAUCGACGCGGGGCCCAACAUCAACAUCAACCACGUCAUGUUCACCCCGGGCGCCCGCACGUACUGGCACACGCACGAAAAGGGCCAGCUGCUGCGCGUGCUGGCCGGCGCGGGCUGGGUGUGCGACAAGGGCGGCGAGCCGCGCCGCCUGGCUGUCGGGGACACGGUCUGGUGCGACCCCGGCACGACGCACUGGCACGGUGGCGAUGACGGGUCGUUCAUGCUCCAUCUCGCCGUGAGCCAUGGAAAGACGGUCUGGCAUGACGAGGUCACCGAAAAGGAGUAUCAGGCGAAGAAGAAGUAG